AUGUCAGCAUCGCCGCUGGGCACGCUCAAGUGGAAGAAGGGCGACCUGCUGGGGGAGGGCGCCUUUGGCAAGGUGUUCCUGGGGCUGAACGAGAUGACGGGAGAGCUGAUGGCGGUGAAGCAGAUCAAGAUGACGACGGCGGGCGAUGAGAAGGCGAUGCUGAUCGCGUCCCUGGAGCGCGAGAUCGUGCUGUACCGCCAGAUGCGCCACCGCCACAUCGUGGGGUACAUUGACAUGGAGAAGGACGAGGCCGACGGCUCCAUCUAUAUCUUCCUGGAGCUUGUGUCAGGGGGAUCGCUGCACAGCAUGUUGGAGAAGUUUGGCAAGUUCAGUGAGUCGCUGGUGCGAGUGUACACGCGGCAGCUGCUGCUGGGGUUGGAGUAUCUGCACGGGUGCAAGAUCAUCCACCGCGACAUCAAGGGUGGCAACGUGCUCGUGGACCGCGAUGGGGUCAUCAAGCUCGCUGACUUUGGCGCCUCCAAGGCGUUCCAUGAGGGCACGGUGGGAGAGGGGUGCAAGUCGAUCCGCGGGUCGGUGUUCUGGAUGGCGCCCGAGGUCAUCAAGGGCGAGGGGUACGGCCGCCGUGCCGACAUCUGGAGCCUCGGCUGCACCGUUAUUGAGAUGCUCACUGGCAGCCACCCAUGGCCGGGAAUGGACAACACGUGGUCGGCCAUCUUCCACAUCGCCAAGACCACCACGGGCCCGCCCAUUCCCGAGGGCAUAUCGGACGAGGGCCGCGAGUUCCUGGAGGCGUGCUUCCACAUAGAGCCCUAUGAUAGGCCCUCCGCCACCGAGCUUCUAAAGCUACAAUUUGUUCAAGUUCCUGACACCCCUAGGGAUGCGCGCAUGGCGCAAUUUCUCUGA